UUGCCGUACUUCUAUUGGACAAUUCGUAUUGCGCUAUUUCCUGUUCGGAACCGCGAGGUUUGGAAGUUAUUAGUCGUGCAUUUUCCACUUUUAUGUACUUAAAACACCAAUUUUCUGUCUUCCUGAUAAAUAUAUUUACGUUUUUGGGAGCAAAAUGCUAGCACGUUUUCGAGGUUUGGGCGCGUAAUGCGGACGAAUCCAAAUGUAGUCCACUGACGGUGUUAGUUGUGUGUGUGUAUAUAUUUAUUUCUUUUACCAAACAAGUUAACUUGACUUCUUUUUUUUUUACUUCACAUUAAUUAGUGAGAACUUUUUUUUUCCACCGACACGACUUUCCCUUUGUGUUUGAGCGAUGGCCACUGACCAUAUCAAGGAGACGGACCAGAAGGAGAAAAUGUCCCAGCCUUCCCAGGAUGACUCUGCUCCUGUUUCAAGGAUUAGUCUAGCCCCUCUUAAUUUUCUUACACCGUCGCAGUUUGGUAUUUCUGUCCAAAGUUUCACCCCGACCUCAUCAGAACACACAGAAAAGUCUCGUUUGGCACAAAUGAAGGCAAGGAGAAGGUCCAACAUUGGUCUAAGGGGCUCCCCAGGAAGCAAUUCUCUCAUCCGAUUCAUUGGCCAGCAGAAAAUGAAGGAUUCAUCAAAACUUCGGACUCCACAGCAUGUAGGAGGCAGCCCCUACCUCCCCCGGAUAGCAUCCACCCUGAAGCAGAAAAUGGCUUCCUUCCAGAAUCUGUUGAAUUUGGAGGAGCGUGAAACCUGUGAUCCGAUGCCAAGGCAGAAUGACAGCACUGGAGGAUGCGUCAUGACAAGAGAUAAUCUGUCUGACGUGAACACCCGGGAAGAAAGAAAAGAGAACCACACUCCAGUAAUGUCACCUACGCCCGGCAAGCGGCGGCGUGUGGGCCCCCUGGAAGGCUGUCAAGUGAAGAUUGCAGAAGAACAUGCGCCAUACCGCUACUUGAACUUGGAGGAUAAUGUUGUUGAACUUGGAAUCCCUGGUGGUCGCUGUGACCCUACUUCAGAUUCAACAGAUGAGUCCUCCUCUGCUUUCCAAAUCUCAUCCCUCCCGCCACUACUGGAGAUGAAGCCAGCAGGACAGGAUGAUUCCUCUGGGACCCCUGCUGCAAAGAAGAUUAAGAGGCGAGUGCAUUUUGGAGGUGCUCUUUCUCCUGAGCUUUUUGAUCGACACCUGCCUCCCAGCACCCCGUUGCACAAAGGAGGCACACCAGUUCGAGGCCCCACACCAGGUGGGGUCUUAAAGCUGUGCUCUGUGUUAAAAACACCUCAGAGGAAUGAGUGUCACACCCCAGUAGACCAACCAGACCUCAGCAGUCCCAUUGGGUUCGGUGCCUCCCCGGUUCUUGCAAUGCCUCGCAAAUGCAGAAUGUCCUAUACAGAAGAAGAUGGAGCGAACGAGAACGAAAAGAUCAUUUUUCCUUUCAUAAAAGACAGUGACUCUGCAGAAAUUAGCGAUGCAGAAUUUUUUUGUAAGACCCAGCUGAAUUUAAAUAAUGCAUUCCAUGAGGAACUUCUUUCUACAGUGGAGGCGACAGAAUCGGGCACUAAUCCAAGCACUCACGUGAAUGUCCUCCUGAAUGAAACGGUGUCCUUGCCAGAAGAAGCACCGCCCGUGGCCGUCUCAGAAGCUCCAUCUAGAUUAAGGAACCGUACGAAAAAGGAGGUGGCCAAGCACAAAUCCAUCGGUGAACUUCGAGCAAGCCCCAGGAGUCGGAAAAGAAAGUUGCCUGAAGAGAGCAAACCUGUCAAGAGGUUGACACGUUCUGCCACCCAACCAUCUGAGAAGUUUAAGUUGGCAUCUGCACGUCGGUGGAAAAAGGAGGUGAACCGUUCUCUGUACGGAUCUCGGGAAUAUGCCUCCAAGAAUCCUUCCCUGAGUCCCAUCGCAGAGUCCUUCACAAACCAGUCUCCAGCUGCACUUCAAACGCCUAUUGGUCCCUGCAAAGACGAAAGUCCGAACCUGUCAGCAACCAGCGAACCAAUGAAGGCAGAGAAUCACGAUGCAAGCACAUUUCCCACGUCCAUUAGCAAAAGAACCACAGAGAAGAACAGAGGAACUUCCAGAACCGGAGUCAAAGGGCUCGAACUGAAGAGGACGGUUGAUGUUUCAGACAGUGACCUACUCUGCGUGGAGCUUGAAAUAAGUGAAAACCACAAGGAUGAGAUCGCUGCACUUCCAGGCAUGUCAGUAGAAGUCUCGUCCGUGCCAGAUCAGGACGGCACCGAAGCGCAAUGCACUCUAACAGCUGCCGACACGGCAGAAUGCCCUUUGACUGAUGAUAAGCACACAAUCGGAGGAGUUGGUUUGACAUCCCAGGAGGCCCAAAUUGUCUCUGUGAACCUGACAGAGGAACAGCCUGACCCCGGCAGCUCCGGUCCCGGAGAGAAGGACCUGGCUCCCUGGCAGGCUGACUUUAACUUUGAGGACGUUUUCAAACCUGUCACCACCAGAGGGCGGAGCUUUGUGCGCCGCAGCCUGAGGAACCAAACGAGCAAGGCGGAGGAUGGCGACGACACGGGCCUGGCCUGGUUGCCUCGAGUCUCGCCUGAAAGCAGGAGAGAAUCCGGCAGGAGGUCAAUGAGGCGUAGAUGUGGUAUUACUCUUCCACUUCCUGUACAAGCGCUCUUGUCUGAAGACGUGCUCGAGUGAUCAAAGGGGCUACGUUCAUUCCAGAGUACACACCAGCAGAAAGAGCUGACACGACUGUCCUUAACCAAUAAUUGCUAUAGUCUCCAUAAGCAAGCCGAUCAAUGCACCGAGAGCACUGCUCCUCUCAAUCAAUAUCUAACCACACUUUCCUGCCUCGCUUUACAGCCGCUGGAUGGAGACUCCACCAGUCGAUAUUUUCCUCUUAGCGCAUAGAUGAAGACGGCCUUAGUGCAGUCGCCCUGCUGUCAGGCCAGCUUCCAAGCUGCUGGCCGAAAGAAACAGCAAUGGAUGAGGGAGCGGCCAGACCCUGGCGCUGAACACACAUUAUUUACUACAAAAGGUAAUUCUGUUGUAUCAUUUUGAGAAUAAUGACUAUUAUUUUAGAGUUCCGCAAAUUUUGAUGUUGAUUUAAUACCAAAUAAAUACAGGGCCAGACUUGUGGACAUUGUUA